AUGUCAGCAAAGACAUCCUCUAGCCUUAAUAUUGCAGACUACGAGACAACACACCAGGGCAAGCAAGUCAAGCUUAUAGUCCUUAAGAACUCUAAGGGAAUGGAAGUUUGCGUUUCCAACUUUGGCGCAAACAUUGUUUCCUUUGUUGUACCAGAUAAAGAUGGCAAGCUUCGUGAUAUCGUCCUUAACCAGCCAACAAUCAAGGAUAUCAUUGAGAAUUCCUUCAGAUUUACUGGUGCUACAUGUGGCAGAUCAACAAACAGAAUUGCCAAGGGCCAUUUCAUCAUCGACGGCAAUGAGUACACAUGCCCAAUCAACAACGACAUCAACAAUAACCACACUGGUGUCUCUGGUUUCCACAACAAUGUUUGGGACAUUGUCGAACAAACAGCUAACAAGGCCGUUAUCAGAUAUGUUUCUGUUGAUGGUGCUGAUGGCUUCCCAGGCAACCUUGAAACAACACUCACAUUCACUGUUGAUGAGGAGAAUGCUCUUAGAUUAGACUUCGACUACAAGACAGACAAGCCAACAGUUUGCUCAAUCACACAGCACUCAUUCUUCAACCUCACACAGCCAGAAGAUGAUGUCUUCGACACAGAUCUUCAGGUCUUUGCUGAUUUCUUCACACCAGUUGAUGAUCACAUGACACCAACAGGCGAAGUCCUCAAGGUUGCUGGCACAGUCUUCGACUUCAGAGAACCAAUGGCCCUCGGCAAGCACAUUCUUGAUAAUGAUGACCAGAUCAUUAAGGGAACAGGCUACGACCACACAUUCGUCCUCCGCAAGCAGUGGAGAAACCAGCUCGCUCUUGCUGCCAAGGCUUUCAACAAGAAGUCCGGUAUUACACUCGAAAUGCACACAGAUAUGCCAGGCAUGCAACUCUACACAGCUAACUGGAUGGAUGGAUUUGCUGGCAAAUACGGCACAAAGUGCGACAAGAGACACGCUUUCUGCCUCGAGGCCGGUGCUAUUCCAAACUCCAUCAACACUAACUGGUUCCCAUCAACCACAGUCUAUCCAGGACAGCCAGGACACAACGUCAUUGUUUUCAAGGCUGGCCUUCUCUAA